AUGUUGGCAGAGCAGCAGCCGUGUGAGCCGAGCACUCCAUCAGAGGGCGGGCUGCAUGUGGUCGUGGAGCCAUUUGGCGAUCCAAUGUGCGUGGACACCGCAUCGGGAGGCGGCGGUGGUGGCAAGAAAUCUCCUUAUGCCGAGGAUGGCACAGGUGAGGCGCCGCGCGUGCUCGCAGACCCAUCGGGCAUCAAGAUUGGAAAGUACGAAAUCCCGUCCAGCGUGGUGGCGAUGGUGAGCGCAGUUCUCAUGGCCGGUACGGCGGUAUUGCUGACGUUUGUGGCUCCUGUGGUGAACGCUAACCCGUACCCGUGGGACUACAUAUCCGCGUUGAUCGGCUGGAUUUACUUCUUGGCGUGGGGGGUGUCCUUCUUGCCACAGCUCUACUACAACAUGCGUCGGUGGAGUGUGGAAGGCCAAAGCUUCGACUUUGUUUCCUUGAACAUCGUCGGGUUCAUGUGCUACUCCACGUACAAUCUCUGCUUUUACGCGAACGAAGCCGUGCAGGAGAUGUACGAAAAUCGCUACAAUGGCGCAUCAAACACUGUGGCGGUGAAUGACGUGGUGUUUGCGGUGUACGCGUUAACAUGCUGCCUUACGAAUGGCGUGCAGAUCAUCUUCUUUGAUCGUGGUGGGCAGACGGUCAGCAUCACCACGUGGGUGCUCAUCGGCGUCAUUUUCUUCGUUAUCCUUUUGUGGACGUUCUUGAUCGUCGGCGGUGUUGAGACCACCGCCUUCUUCAACUACCUCGACCUCCUGUAUGGACUGAGCAUGAUCAAACUGGGCAUCAGUAUUGUGAAGUACUGGCCGCAGAUGUACCUGAACUACAAGAGAAAGACUACAAUUGGGUGGAACAUCUGGAACGUUGUGCUCGACUUCACAGGCGGAUUCUUCAGCAUUGCGCAGCAGCUGAUGGACAGUUGGGUGACUGGAAAUUGGACGGGCAUGACAGGCAACCCUGUGAAGUUCGCCCUUGGCUCAGUGAGCAUGAUAUACGACAUUGUGUUCUUUGUGCAGCACUUUGUGCUCUACCGCGAGAACAACAAGGCGUUCGCCAGGCCUCCGGUUCUCCGAGCAGAGGAUGAGGAGGCCGUGGAGCGGGAGAGCACUUGUGCCGUUCAACAGCCGGAAGUGUGA